GUCCCCGGCUGCGGCCCGCGCGCGGCCGCCCGUCCCCGCUCACGCGCCCAUGUGUAGCUACAUAGUUAUCUAUGCGCAUCCACACCGGGGCAUUUUCUUCCUGCUUCAUGAGGACUUGACUCGGGAGUAAGUGUGAAUCACUGGGAAAGGAGGAAGGCGGAUUUAACCCCCUCCCACCCCGCUCCAUGUCCGUGUGUCACUCGACUGGGUCCACCUGGCGCGGCCGGUCCUGGGGCUGCUGCUGUUGCUGACGACGACGGGGGCUGCUGCUGCUGCCUCUGCUGCUGCCAUCCCGGGAGUUCCCUUCUGCUCCGGCCACGCAAGCUCCUGGGGAUUGUUCCUCCUCGCACGGAACCUCGGCCAGGCCGGCACUUGGGCUCCGAAGCAACUUAUUUUUUGGAAAAGCACAUCACGAGCCAAUCAAGAUUGUUAAAGGUUUAUUUGUGUAGUUGAAGACUUCUGCUCUUUUUUUUUGUUGUUGUUGUUGUUGGCUGGUGUAUUUCAUUUCCCGUAAACAACUGGGUAUAUAUAUCAAACGGCAAGAUGUCCAGUAAUGUCCCGGCGGAUAUGAUAAAUUUGCGCCUCAUCUUGGUAAGCGGCAAAACAAAAGAGUUCCUGUUUUCUCCUAAUGAUUCUGCGUCAGACAUUGCAAAGCAUGUAUAUGACAAUUGGCCAAUGGACUGGGAAGAAGAGCAAGUCAGCAGUCCAAAUAUUCUACGACUUAUUUAUCAAGGACGAUUUCUACAUGGAAAUGUCACAUUAGGAGCAUUAAAACUUCCUUUUGGUAAAACAACAGUGAUGCAUUUGGUGGCCAGAGAGACAUUGCCAGAGCCAAACUCUCAAGGUCAGAGGAAUCGAGAAAAGACUGGAGAGAGUAAUUGUUGUGUAAUCCUGUAAACACUGUCUACUAGUGUGAUGUGGUGUAGUGUUUGUCUUUCAUGCUGCUGGGACAGAAGAAACCCAACAUAGCUUCAGAAACCCUUAGGAAGAGUCUGCCUGUAAAUCCAUGAACUGAAUUACCACAUGAACAUUGUCAUCUUUUCUCAUGAAAGUAAAAAGAACCAAGAACAUUUUCCACUAUGAUUUUUUGGUUUCUAGUAUUUUUGUUUAUGGUGAGCAGUUUAAAAAUAUAUUAGGUUUUGAAUGCAGUCAAUCUCCAGGGGAAAAGUUAACAAGUUAUCUUUCAUAGCAGAAAACAUUUUGCUGCCACAAAAAUUUUCAUCACCAGAACUAACAAAUCAAGUGUUCCAAAUACAGUUUGCACUAUCAAAGAUUGACAUUAUUUUCUUCAUCAGCAGAAUUUGUAACAUAGUUUAUGGUACCUAGAAAUACUCAUGUACAAUUCCAUACUGGAAGACACUCAGCAAUCAAAGAAGUUAAUUCCUGGGCCAACUUCAGAGGAAAAAAAUGGAACAGAAAUUAAAAUGUUGGGUGAAUUCUACCAAAGUCAGCUUGUUGGCUGCACUGGCACAGAAUACUAAACUGAGUGUGACUAUUUUCACUGCAACAAAUGAAAAAAACAAAAUGUGCCUGUUGUUUAAAGCACUCAGUAGAGGGCUGAUGAAACUAAUUGUUUUCCUUUAACACGUGCACUCUUUAGUCAGACAGUAACUGAGUGCUUGUUCACACAGCACAAAAAGGGGCGAGUGCGUUUCCUAGCCUUAAUGUGGGAGGGGUAAAUUCCAAUCACUUAUAGACAUCAUCAUGCCAGAAAUAGUAGAAAACCUCAUUUACUCAUCAGUUUUAUGCAUUUCAAUAUCAGCAAAUUGAAUUUUUCCAUAAUUGUUGCUCAUCUAUAACUGUGUCCAGUUUCAUGCUUACUCAUUAAAGAGUUCAGAUGAAUUCUUAAAAUUAAAAAAUUCUCCAUAAUACUAAUUUUGUUUAUGUAGUUUGCAUUUGGUAUUAGUGCUUGCAAUUAUAUUAAAAUAAAAGCUGGUUUUGAGGCAUACAUGAUUAAGGAUGCCAUUCUUUUGUUUUGUACCAAUAAUUUAAAAAUGAUAUGCUAAAAACAAUUUGCACAGCACUAAAGCAUGAGCUAGUUUCAUCUAAACCUGUAAAAAAUAUAAAAGAUUUUAUAUUUUUUCACUGGGAAGAAAUUCUUCCUGGAUGAAAUUACAAAUAUGUGUAGAAUAUAUUUAAUAAAAAACUUAUAAAAUACCUAACUAUAGAACUUAAAUAUAGAUUGGCGUGUAGUGUAUAGAACAAUAUUCCAUAUAAAUAACUUUAGCCUUUAUAAAAAUGAAGAUGCAGGCUGACAUUGUGUUCUGUACUUAAUAACUGUCCGUGGCCCUUACAAACAUUAAGUGUAAAUGGUUUCUAAUGGUCAGCUUUGUUUAAAGGUGAUCAGGUUAUUUUAUUUACUGUUAAUGCUUUGAUGAAAAGGCUUUUUAUGCAGUAGAUCUACGAAAAUAUUGUUCAUACCGAUCAGAAUUAAAUUUGUAUAGAGCAGAGUUUUAAAAUGAAUGUACAUAGCACUAAACAUUUUCUUUCUUCAACCUGUACUUAUAGAUUCUUUUCUGUAAACUAAAUUUAAAAGCAAUGUAGUGCAUUUCAGUGGUAAUUUCAAAGGUCUCGAUUAGGUCAAUGGUUGUUUAAACACUGUCUCAUCCAUGUCAAAAUUGUUUUCUACUUUAAUUUCUUAAUCUUUAAAAAAUUUGUUUAAUAUUGUUGGUUUCAGAGUAUUUCCAAUAUAUCCUUGAUAUUUAACCUGGUUAAUUUCUGCAGUCACAACAAUGGAUGGAAUUAUGUAGUCUUUGUUAUCACUAAAAUGUCAUAUAUUCAAGAGAUGUUAAAUAUUUAUAUGCUUUGUUGACUAGCUCAAAUGUGAAUCUGUUAAGUGUCAACUAAAAAAAGCAUCUGGUAGUUACUUAAUUGGGCAAUUUAGCCAUUUACGGCUCUAUUCUUUUUUGUAAAACAAACUACUGGUAAUUAUUUUAAAUACAUAUUUUAAUUCUGAUUACUCUCUGUUUUUCCAAAGUUAAAGACUAUCAGUUAAUUAAGAUUGAAUUUUUAUGAUGGUUAAAAAUAUUCUCUAUUGGUUUUCAAUGUCUAUUUCUGUGUUCCAACAUUAUAAAUUUCCCUUUUGAAAGACCUCAGUUUAGAGUUUGCAAAUGGAUAAACUCGUUCACUAGUAGAGAAAGAAUGAUGUCACUCAAUAGCUAAUAUCGUUGUGCAAAAUGAAAAAAUAAUAAAAAGUAGCAGUAAAAUUAUAUUAUGAAAACACCAAAAAUUUAGAUGCCUUAAUAGUAUAUACAUGAAAAUACUCAACUGUCCCUUUUAAAAUAGUUCCUUGGACUGCCUGUUGAUUAAAAUAUUAUCGAUCAUAACCAAGGCUACUAUUGAAGAUCCCUCCGCCAAAAUAACAGCCACUUACCGAAAGGUGAGAGCGACAUAGAUCCAGUAUAUAUAUAGAAAGCCUGGAUUCUGGGACUAUGAACCUGCCUGGCUUGGUAUCUAACCUCUUUUACCUAAAUUGUCCUAGACUUUGUCUUCUAGACAAGGCAAAACUUUUCUUCUUUAUUAAAACCUCAGCAUAUCUCCUUGAUCUGAAUUAAUUUGCUUUCUCCUCAAGAUAAGUUGUAUCUUAUCAUGAAAAACAUAGUAUCUAACAUCAUCAUUCACUUUAAAUGAGGUUUUCUCAUAAUGAACAUUUAUCCUUAGUUUUAUGUCAUCUUGACCAAUGUUAUGAUAAUUUCUGUUAGCUGAUUGUGGUAAAAAAAUGUUUAAUGUGAAAAGAAAUUAAAACUUUCUUUAUCUGUUGCAGA